AUGAACUCUACACAUGAACAGACCCACUCAAACAUCAAGCGUCCUUGCCACGAGAGCAGUAUUUUCUCACGUAUCCGUACCUUCAAUCACCAUGCUUUCCGCUCUCUUGGUUCCUUCUUCUCCAGUUCUGAUAACGUCGAUGCCAGCCAACAACACUUUGACAAAGACGACGACGAUAUACACGAUCAAUACGUCUGGGAUCCAGCUUCCGGCCUAACGUCUUCUGAAUACAACCCUACCCACUAUGAUUGCCACGAUCACCCAACCAGCUUUCCAAGUUCUUGCCUGUACCAAUCUCAGAAUGCUGACUCACUGAACUCGUCGGAUAUCCAUACUCCUACUCCAUCUCGUCCAAUUACCCCUCGGGACCACGUCAAGCACGUCUGCUCCUUCGGACCUGAUCAACAAUCCAUAGUGCCUCAGUCCUCCUUGCAGCCGACCCCCAUGCCCUCAAAUCUUGACAUCUGGGAGUACUAUGAAGACUCGAUUUCUCUUGAUAACCUCCCGAAAGCCAGAGCGCCCAUGAUAUCAGCACCGUCAUCUUCCACGAUAAAAACUAAUACUAGUGACUACUCUGACAUUGAUGAGACGCCUCCUUUGUCACCGGAUGUAGCUGACCUGGCCCACUCAUUUUCGUUGAUUGGGAACUUUGAUGAGGCUAGACGAGAUCUGGAUCUAGUUGGACGCCUAUCAAAUAUCCGAGAGGGAAAAAAACCGGAACGCCCCAUUUGCUACGACACCCUCAUCGAUGAUCUUGGUUCCAACUCCACUAAUGCUAGCCAGCUGGACGAAACCGAGGGAUGGUACGGGCUGGCAUAUACUUUGGCGUUAAGCGUCAAAGAGCGACGAGCUUCUGAAACAUACUCCUACGAUGAGAGUCCUGGAGAAUUUUCAAAAAGCCGUGAAUCCUGGGCCGCUCUCCAUUCGUUCCUCGAGGACGAAGACUAUUACGAGUGGAAGAACUGGCAUCAGCGCCUCGAUCGCGAUGAUGAAAGGCAAAAAAAUCGAAGAGGGUUGGAAUUCGAAGCUCGCUCGAAAGACAUGGCGUGGAUAUACCUGGCAGAAAUGCAAACCAGAGAUGUGUAUUACUGGCAACUUGGGGCAUAUGGAGUGGUCGGCGACGAUGUUAAGGAGCAAUUGUCCUCCCUUAAUGAACACCGCAAGGUAGUUACUCUCCUUUCGAGCACAAAUGUUGUUUGA